UCUGCUGCCUUUGACACAGUCAACCAUCAGAUCCUACUCUCCACCCUCUCUAAACUGGGUAUCACUGAAACUGUGCUUGACUGGUUCAACUCUUAUCUCUCAGAAAGGUCCUUUGAGGUAGCCGUUCGAAUCGCUGCCUGUCUGGCAGACAUCUCGGCCUGGAUGAAGGAACACCACCUUCAACUCAACCCUGCCAAGACCGAACUCCUUGUCUUUCCAGCCAACCCGGCUGUUGAACACAACAUCACCGUGCAGCUGGGUCCAACUACAGUUUCGCCUUCCAAAAAGGUCAGAAAUCUAGGGGUAACCAUUGAUGAUGAGCUAAAUUUCACAGACCACAUUUCAAAAACUGCAAGAUCUUGUAGAUUUACACUCUACAAUAUCAGGAAGAUAAGUCCCUUCCUCUCUGUACAUGCCACACAACUGCUCGUUCAGUCCCUUGUCAUAACUAGACUGGACUACUGUAACGCUCUCAUUGCAGGCCUUCCUGCAUGUACUAUUAGACCUCUCCAAAUGAUCCAGAAUGCAGCAGCACGUCUGGUCUUUAAUGAACCUAAGAGAGCACAUGUUACACCACUCUUUGUCUCUCUCCACUGGCUGCCGGUUCAUGCACGUUUUAAAUUCAAGGCCCUGAUGCUGGCAUAUAAAACAGUCACUGGGUCUGCUCCAGCAUACCUAAAAACAUUUAUGCAGAGCUACGUUCCCACCAGAAGCCUGCGGUCGGCUAAGGAACGUCGCCUUGUCGUACCAAAACAAAGAGGCACCAAAACACUUUCCCGGACUUUCAGUUUCAUCAUACCACGGUGGUGGAAUGACCUUCCCAACUCGAUCCGGGAAGCUAACUCACUCUCUAUCUUCAAAAAACGGCUAAAAACACAUCUUUUCCAAAAG